ACGCAGUGAGCAACAUGCAGCCGCUGCUCCUUGUUGUGCUGGCCCUUUGUGCGGCCCCAAUCUUUGGUCUCCCCAGACCAGACUAUGACGACGAUUACAACGAUGAGGAGGCGAAGCCAUGGCAGCCGGAGCCCCUGAAGCCAGCUCCCUGGCAGGCGGAACCACGCAACGCACCCCAAGAGCCCCAGUCGGCCGUGGUGCCUAUUCCCGGGAUCGGACAGAUCGAGGGAGUUCGCAACUAUAAGACCAUUGCCGGACGUCCUGUGAACGCCUUUUUGGGCGUGCGGUAUGGUCAAGUGGGCAGCGGUCUGGCACGAUUCCAGGCGGCUCAACCUGCUAACCUCCGGGGACGGAUUGACGCCACCGUGCAGAGCCCGAACUGUGCCCAGUUUCCGGAGUUGCAGCGCCUGAGGGAAUCCGAGUCCCGCGGCGAGAACGUGGACGAUUGCCUGACCUUGAACAUCUACGCACCCGAGGCCAAGGACCUGCCGGUGCUGGUCUUCGUGCACGGCGAGAUGCUGUUCGACGGUGGCGCUGAAGAGGCCCAGCCGGACUAUGUCCUAGAGAAGGACGUGCUCCUCGUCUCGAUCAACUAUCGUCUGGCGCCCUUCGGCUUCCUGAGCGCUCUGAGCGACGAGCUUCCUGGUAACGUGGCUCUCUCCGAUCUUCAAUUGGCCCUCGAGUGGCUGCAGCGCAAUCUGGCUCACUUUGGCGGCAAUCCCGGUCAGGUUACGCUGGCAGGACAGGCGGGCGGAGCCACAUUGGUCCACGCUCUUAGCCUCAGCGGACAGGCCUCAGACCUCUUCCAGCAAUUGAUCCUGCAGUCGGGCACCGCCCUCAAUCCCUACCUGAUCGAUGAGCGCCCGUUGGAGACCCUGGACACCUUUGCCCGCCUCGCCCGUUGUCCAACCAAUCCCGCCGCCCGCACCCUUGCCCCGCUGUACGACUGCCUGGCGACACUGCCCACCUCGCAGCUGGUCUCCGCCUUCGAGCAGCUCUUCGAGCAGAACGAGCCGCGUGGUCUUAGCUCCCUCGGCGGCUUCAAGCUUGUCGUGGGCGACCGCCUUGGAUACCUGCCCCGUCACCCGGCCGCCCUGGCCGCCAACGCCAGCAACAGUGUGCCCACCAUUGUCGGAGCCGCCAAAGAUGCCAGCGCCUUCAUCCUGUCACGCUUCUAUAACCAGAUCGCCGGCCUGCAGUCCCGGAAUGUGAGCGACUAUAUCGAUGUGGUGCUGCGUCACACGGCACCUCCCAGCGAGCACCACAUCUGGAAGCAAUGGGCUCAACGUGAGAUCUUCUCCUGGGACAUGCAGUACUCGGCCAGUGUCCGCAAUGUGACGCAGGGUCUGCUGGAGCUGAGUAACCUAAUCCUGUACCGCGCUCCCGUCAUCUUCUCCAUCCGCCAGUCCUACCGCUCGACACCAGUUUACCUGUACACUUUUGACUACCGCGGCGAACACCACCGCUUUGGACAUCUGAAUAAUCCCCUGCCCUUCGGUGUGGAUGCCUCACUGAGCGAUGACAGCGUCUACUUGUUCCCCUACCCAGUGGAGGCCAGUCGCUUGAAUCCCGUCGACAGGUCCCUGUCCCGUGCCCUGGUCACCAUGUGGGUGAACUUUGCGGUUACUGGAGUGCCCAACCCGAACUCUGGAGUGUGGCCACGAGCCACGUCCGAGUAUGGACCCUUCCUGCGCUUCACCAACAACCGCCAGAAUAUGCUUGAGCUGGAUCCACACUUCGGAGAGGGAAUCAACUUGCCCAAUAUUUACGGAGAGUACUUCAAUGCCACCACCAGCAGCAGUGGAUCGGUUGCACCACCGACCAGACCCUACACAUAUCCAACAUAUCCAACCUAUCCCACUACUACCACCACCACCACGACCACGACCACAACUACCAGGCGUCCGUACGCGUAUAAUCCCUAUGCCAACUGGCAGAACAGGCAACCGCAACAGACUUGGCGUCCAGCAAAUCCAGACUACGUGAGAGCUCAGGAGGAGCGGCAGGCGCAGUUCAUCCGGGAUCAGCAGUUGCGGGCACAGCGGGAAAGGGAGCAGCGUUGGCGAGAGCAGCAGCAGCGGGAUAACCAGAAUCGUCGUCCAGCACAGGAUCCUCGAGAGCAACAACGUCAAGAACACGAGCAACAACAACGAGAGAAGGCGCUGCAAGAACAACAGCGUCGCGAACAAAUACUGCGAGCGCAACAACAACGAGAGCAAUAUGAACGUGAGCAGCGAGAGCGUGAGCAGCGAGAGCGAGAACGGGAGCAGCGAGAGCGAGAACAGCGAGAGCGGGAGCAGCAAGAGCGAGAACAGCAAGAGCGUGAGCAGCAAGAGCGAGAGCAACAAGAGCGAGAUCAAUCAGUACGCGAUGAAAACCCAAAUAACGAACUUGAACCCUAUCCCAGCUAUGAUGACUAUCUCCGAAAUCACCAAGACCAGUCUUCUGAAUCUACACCCGAUCGUGGUUACGACGAGGAGCUGCAGAGACGUGAGCAGCAGGCACGGGAACAGGAGGAGCGACUCGAGGAAGAGCGCUUGCAACAGGAACGAGAGCAGCAGGAGCGGGAACAGCAGCCGGAUGAAAAUUCCGACGAUGAUCGACAAUCCUAUCCCAGCUACGAAGAUUACCUUAAAGCGCAGCAAGGAGAAAAUCCUCCAGAUACGGAACCAGAGCGUAACUAUAACGAGGAGCAGGACCGCGAGCAACAACUCCGUGAGCAGCAUGAACGAGAGCAGCAGGAGCGUGAGCAGCAGGAGCGUGAGCAGCAGGAGCGUGAGCAGCAGGAGCGUGAGCAGCAGGAGCGUGAGCAACAGGAGCGAGAGCAGCAGGAGCAGGAGCGAAGGGAUCAGGUAGAUCAGGAGCAAGAAGAGCCACUUGAGGAGAAUCCGGAAGACUCUGAAGACCAGGAACCUUCCGAUCCGGCCAACGAUCCCAGCUCCUAUCCAAGCUACGAGGAUUACGUGCGUGCCCAGCAAAAGAUGCGCGAGGAGGAGGAGGAACGUGACAGAGCCCUCGAGGCACGAGAGAGGGCCGAAGAGGAGCAGGAAGAGGCCCGUCAGGAACAUCCAGGAUAUUCACAGUUCAGGAGCCUGGCCAACGGACCACAGCACAUUAAGCUCAUGCACAGACACCAGCGACGCAGGCAUUAAAUAAUACCAAUCCCGUCUUUUAAUUUCUUUUAAAACACUCUUUUUAUAUUAAAAUAAACACAAUAUGAGCUAUCUGUACUAAUUUUGUACCUGUCGAAGCUUUCUUCUUGAGCUAUAUAGCACAUAUGUAUAUGAUUUUGAAA